AUGUCAAAGACAGCCCAGAAACGUUUAUUAAAGGAAUUGCAACAGUUGAUUAGAGAUUCCCCACCAGGGAUUGUAGCAGGUCCCAAAACUGAGGAUAAUAUAUUUGUCUGGGAUUGUUUGAUUCAAGGUCCACCUGAUACUCCUUAUGAAGGUGGUGUUUUCAAUGCAGAAUUACAUUUCCCAAAGGACUAUCCUUUAUCUCCACCAAAACUAAUAUUCACACCAAGUAUACUACAUCCAAAUAUCUAUCCAAACGGUGAAGUAUGUAUAUCUAUUUUACAUUCACCUGGUAAUGAUCCACAUAUGUAUGAAUUAGCUGAAGAAAGAUGGUCUCCUGUACAGAGUGUCGAAAAGAUUCUAUUAAGUGUGAUGAGUAUGUUAAGUGAACCAAACAUUGAGAGUGGUGCAAAUAUCGAUGCUUGUAUACUUUGGAGAGAUAAUAGACCAGAAUUCGAAAGACAAGUUAAAAUGACCACUUUAAAAUCUUUAGGGUUUUGA